GUGCACGUAUUCUGUUCGAAAUUGAGAUAAAAAUAGAUCAGUUGCAAGGCAUCCAAGGCACGUUACAGACGAGGUGUUUCAUGAGGUGAGCAAGAAGCAAGACAAACUCACAGGUACGUCGGCAAAAAGAAACAGCAUCCUUCGAAAUGUCAAGAUUUAUGAGAUCCCGCGGGAAACAGACCGCUGUGGAAAAGAUCCAGCAGCUUUACAAAAGGCCGCACAGGCCACCGCCGCCUGUGCACUACCUCCUCUCGGCAAAGGAAGUGUCGGAAAACAGAAAGCUCUUUUCGUAUUUCGACAGGAACAGAGACGGCCUGUUGGACGAGAAAGAAUAUUUUGACCUCAUCAAUUUUGAAACAUCCAACCAAACAAGAUACUCCAACCUAGAAAACGUUUUCUCGAGCAACGACUCGAACUCGGACGGGCGGAUUUCCGAAACGGAAUUCUUAAAUUACCGAGGGAAGCUGAAGAUGUGGCAACCUAACCAGGACGACGUCCACUACCUGUUCGACGCCUGCGACAGAAACUCUGACCAAUUGUUGUCUUUCGAUGAAUUCAAAGCUGUCUGGCGGGAACUCGGCGAAUACAGCUCGAAGAGGGAAUUGAAAUACCUGUUCGACCGAUACGACCGCAACAGGGAGAGCAAAAUCACCAAGGAAGACCUGUGGCGGAUGGUCAAGCAGAACCUCAAAAGGACGGCCUGCCGGAAACAGCGGCAUUACCAACACGUCCCGUUCGAUGAAUUGUAACAAUGUAAUGGAGAAUAUACGACAAAUACUUUAAAACA